AUGCUCGAGAUUAUCUCCUGGAGAACGCCAGCUUCCGAACAGAGCUGCCUGUGCUUGCCAUGUAGACUUCUGAACACAUGCCUAUGUCUUGUGAGCAUUCCUCCCACGCUUUGCAUUGGGCUGCUUGUUUCGCUUGGACGCCAGCUUUGCACCACCGACGAUGCGGACACCAAACCGGUCGAUACUGCUACGAGCGUAGAGGACAGCGCCUUCAGCAAGGAAGACAAGGUUCUGGCUUUUCACGAUGAGCGUCGGCUGUGGCUUCUUGCCCUCGUUCGCAUAUUCGACGAGCGAGCCGACCUGAAGAUUUUUGGACCUCUCAUUUGGCACUUUUUAGACGACCACCCACGUGCGGUCCGGAUUGCUUGCAACGGAUCCCUUAUUGAGGUCGAUUUUUCUGGACGGUCACAGCAGAACACUCUCCAGCAGUUUUCGGGCGAGCCGAUGCAGUUUCUCUCGCAUCGCAUCCUUGUUUGUGCUGAAGAGAAUGCCCUCGCAUUUCACGAGGAAGAUGGAGUUCGCAAGCUGGUUUCCGAGCAUGUAAGUGAGAUCCGUUGCCUGGCAGCCUGCGAGAACGUCUUUGCGAUUGGUGGAGCAGACACGCGGGUGGAGCUGUGGCGUGACGGGUCUGAGGGGGAGUCUUUGAAGUUUGUCAGUCAAGAAUGGAGCGACUGGACAGGUACAACGUACUUGGGACACACAGCCCCGGUUACUGCGAUCUGCCUCAUGCAGGGCUGGCCUGUGUCUGCUGACGCGUUCGGUUCCGUUUGUUUCUGGAGAUCUGGUGGAAAUUGUGACAUGCUGCAGCAUGCUCACGAGACUGCCGUGACCUGCAUUGCAGUUUUCGACGACGAGUCAUUCCUGCUGCUGGGGCAUGAGGACGGCGUCUUGCAGUUGGCAGACACUCGAAGCAAGAAGGUCGUGAGGCGAUGGCGUUGUGGUGGAGUUGUUCUGGACAUGGUGGCUGGGCCAUCAUCGCCCUCAUCGUCUCCACCUCCUCUGUCAAGUGCCAGCCGAGACAUGUUUGUGGUCAGCACCGACAGCCUCAAGCGAGUCUCGCUCUCUGAGACUCGUGUCUUCCAGGUUGUGCCGCUGGCUGCCUCUGCAGCAUCCUUUUCGGGUGGAUUCCUCUUCACUUGUUGCCAAGAAGGCAUCGUCGUGAGGACACUGAACGGGCUGACCCGAGCCGUGCUGCCCUUUGCUUCGCAGGACAUCAGAGGAAGAGUCUGCGUUCUGCCGACAAGGCGUUACGAGCAAUCUCAUUCGCAGAGCCUGCGGCACCAUCCUGCCUAG